AUGGAGACGCUGCAAAUGAACGCUAUACAGGAGGAGGACAAUUCGUCCCCGGAAAUUGCUUUUCAAACUCCCAAAUUGAAUGAUUCCGAUGCUUCGUCCUUCUCGCUGUCCAACGUGAAUGGUGUCGGAAACGCAGAUGGCAUGACAUCGCAAAACAGAACACUUUUUGCAUCACCGAGGCCUAGCUCGCUAUUUUAUUCUGCUAAAGAGGGAAACAACUCCAGUUCCAGCAUAAUCUACAACCCUUCUUUCACAUUUGGUGAAAAUGUUUCGAGUAACAACAACGCCUAUGAAGGUGCUUCGUUGAAAAGCAAGAGUGGUGAAAAUCGAAGACAAUCACUCAAGUAUAUACCAGAACCGAAGUUGGUGCCGCCUCCUCCCAGAACAAGAUCGCCGGUAAGAGGCAUUUCUCCGGAUACUGGCAACGGUAAAAGAUCCUCUUUGAUCCUCGAUUCUCCAUUUAAUUUUACAGCAUCUACUUUACAACCACAUCAGCAGACACCGCCCUCGUCAGCUGCAUCAAGAACUUCGUUCCGUAAGGGACAUCGUUAUAAGCAUUCCUCUGUGUCGAUGAAUUUUUUCCAGGAACCUGAAGUAAAAAUCCCGCUAAACAUCGCUAAAUCUCUGCCUAUUCCAGAUCUGAGCGAUUUGAUGUCAAAUUUACCAUGGCCAAAGGCUCACCUUCAGCUAUCAAUAACAGCUCUACAAGUUCUCGCAUGCUUAAUCACUUUUCAAAUCGGGCACUUAUACUCCUGGAAUAAUUUCAUCACACUAUCGCAUUUUAUUACUUACGACAUCAUCGGGUCUCUGGUAAUCAUAUUCGUGGAAAAUCUGUCGCUAUUCCAGGUUUGGUUCACGGGGACAAUCACAUUUCCCUUCGGACUGAAUAGAAUAGAUGUUCUAUUAAGUUUUGCCCUUGCUGUUUCAUUGUGUUUUGUCGGACUAGACCUUUUAUUCCAUAUAGUCGAAGAGCUCAUAGUUCUCUUCGUAGAAGCAGGCAGUACAUCAACAAAUAGCCACGACCACGAUGAAAUCAAUGAACAAAUUCCUCAUUCUCAUUUUGCUAGCGCUAAUGAUUCACAAAAUGAAAACAUCACUCUAUGGUACGGUGUAUUAAUGGUCAAUUUAGUAUUGUCGACAUUAUCACUUUAUAAGACGUUCUAUGCUAAUAAAUACAGCAACUUGAAGACGAAGAAUCCAAUAAUUACCAUCACUUACACCGCGUACUUAUUCAUAUAUCCGCUGUUAUUGGACUUAUUAUCAAGUGUAUCCGAUUAUCUGGCCACCUUUGUGAUUUCGAUUUUGAUUCUAUGGCAUGGGCUAACUAUAGCACGAUGGACCUCGACAAUACUAUUGAUGGGAUUUUCCACUACAUCUUUAUCCAACUCAACGCUACUCAAUAACAAUCUCGCCGCUGAUGCGGUUACGAAUGCUCAAGAAGCUGAGUCCAAGUCAGGUAAAGUAAAUCCAUACGUACGACCAAGAUCAAUGAGCUCGUUACCGAUCGCUACAAUCAAUAGAGAGAAGGCGAAAACUGGGUUUUGGAACCCUAUAACCUCUACUGAAAACCCAACAAAUAUAAAAAAUAUGAUGAAGAGCCAAAUAGAGAAAUUAAGCGAGUUCAAAUCCAGAUGCGUUUUAAAUUACGAUGAUAUAAUAAUAAGCAAAGUAAAUUUCACGCUUUAUGUGGUGCUGAUUAAAAUAACUAUGAAAGGUGGAUCUAAUGAUGACGAGUUGAUGUUAAGGUUAGCUGUUGACAAGUGCAUUCGAACAAGCAUUCCAUCCUGUGAAGCCACAAUAGAUAUAGACCGAAUAUAA